CGUGGCCCCUCCUCUCCGCGUGCCGAGCCUGCAGGACAUGGGUGGACCAACCACGCGCUUCCAAAGUCUCCUCUCCCACAUGGAAGCCAACCAGACCAGGCCCCCCGAGCUGGUAGUCGAUGCAGAGGUGGAUGCGUCCAAUGGCAGCAAUCACAAAGACGUGAUUGACUGAUCCAAACACCCAGACAGAAUCGUCUGUUCGCUCCCGCUACCGGUCUGGUUUUCCCAGCGUCCAGUUCGAGACAAUAUCUCAAAAUAUCCCGAGAGCUGCAGGAGUGGGCGAUACCCCGCACCAGACGCCGUCCCAUCCCCGUCAAUCCUGGCCUCCCCAGUGCUGCCCAGGUUGUACCCCUUCCAGCCCGAGCCGUCAACUGAACUAUCUUCCGCCGGGCCAGGCCAUCUGCCAUCGGCCGACCAGAGUCGCACCUUGAAUCGCACUGCCCAAGACAUUUCUUCUGGCCGCCGCAAUGUCCUCGGUAGCAGCGCCGCCGCCGGCCGCACCGUCCCCUGCCCCGUCGUCGGCGGCGGCGGGCGCCGCGUCGGCAACGACAUCCUCUUCGGCAACGACCUCGUCGCGCGGCACGGCCGGCGCCUCCCCGCCGCCCGCGCCGUCGACCGCGUCGUCCGUCUUCUCCGCCGCCCCGACCUGGUGGCCGCCGUUCGGCCGACGCACCGCGGCCCCCGCAACCGUGACCGCGAGCGGAGCGACGGCAACCAUGAUUGCGCCCCGGGGCGGCGGUGGCGGCGGCCCGGCGGCACCGUAUAGACAUCCCGCCGAGCCGUCGGGGGGUGGUGAGGCCGCCGGCAUGCCGAGAAGGCAGCUGAACCCGACCCUCCCACCUCUGCGGCAGGGCAACGCCAACAGCACCGAUAUCAACAACAGAAGCGGCGGCGGCGGCGGCGGCGGCGGCGGCGGCGGCGGCGAGGGCGACCGCAGCAACGUGGCCGAGGCGCGCGUGGCGCUCGAGGCGUCCAUGGCCAAUAUCCUGGACCGGGAGCUGGUGCCGCGCGCGCAGGCGCUGCACGCGGGCGAGCGCGUCAUCACGCGGCAGCAGGCCGACGUGGCGCGCGCCACGGCGGCCCUGCACCAGACCAACCAACAGAUCGCCCGCGUGGUCGAGGACACAAGCUGGAAGCUGCGUGAGCUCGGCCACCUGCAGAACUGGACCGAGAUGAUGGAGCGCCGCUUCCUCACCGUCGAGGAGACCCUGCGCCUCGUCAGGGAAGGCGGCGGCAGCGGCGACGAGGAGGGGAGCUGCAGCAGCUGCAGGUGCUCCGACUGCUGCUCCGACUGCGGCGCGAGCUCCGACUGCGGCAGUGACGCCGGCGGCGAGCGGGGCGGCCCUACAGCAGAAGGCGCGGGCGCUGACGACAAACCGGAGAUUAUCAUCCACGAUGAAGCUGCUAGAGAAUCCUCAACUUCUGGCUUCCGGUCCGAACAUGCUCCCACCGGAGGACCUGCCUCAAGUCAGGCUGUACCUUCACCCUCUAACGCCGUUCCUGAGGAGUCUGCACACGCGGCCAACGAUAUUGGCGUGUUGCCACCAGCCCAGACGAGUGUGCCAGCUAGUGCCCCUCAAGUACCCGCUCUCGGUGACGCCAAGGCACCUUUACCGUCGACCAACCUUCCCCAAGUAGACCCGUGUCAGGUGCCGCUGCCUGCGGAAACCGGCAGCCUUUUCGAAUACGACAGGAUGGCUGCUGCAGACAAGCCGACCUGAGGCAGGCCAUUUGCAUGGGCCGGGUUGAGUGUUCCAGCCUCCAUCACAACUCGGAUCUUCUUUUUGUAUUCCACCUUGCUUUUCGCACGACUGAUGAUGCAUGAACAGAAAUGAUAUACCAGGGUGUCAGCGAGGCGACCUCCUCUUGUGUGUUUCUUUUCCAGAGUUGUAGCCAUUUGAUAAACAGUGGUGUACUUUAAAAAUCUGUUGGCCCGUCCUAGCCACCCGUUUUCUUGCCAUUAAUGUUCACAAGGCAAAGCGGCCAACCUAAUUGGCAUCUGGCUCUUUGGAAUGACCGCGGGGUUACAGAAUGCCCGUGUAGAAACACAGCAGCCAGGCAAACCUCAGACCUGAGCCAGAAAGGCUUAGACCAGGCCAGGAAGCAUGGUGUAGCGCUUCUUCUUAUACUUGUCGGGGAAGAGUUGCCUCAACUCCUUUUCCUUGCCCCGCGACCACAUGCGCAUGUACAAGGAUCCAAAAAAG